AUGAUCGUGAUGAUGGAUUACAAUCUUUAUUUGAUGAGCGUCGUCGUCAACGACCUUGAUCCAUAUGCAGAGCUUAAAGGCAAACUUAUUUGCCUUGACCAACAAGUCAAGAUAUUUCAAGUCUUUCACUGCGAGGGUUUAUUGCUAUGCAUCUUGAAAGACGAUAUUACUAGGUACGUGGUUUGGAAUCCGUAUUGUGGGCAAACAAGGUGGAUCAAGCCCAGGUUUUCUUACCCUCCAAGAAAAGGGUACAGUUUCAGUUAUGCUCUCGGAUAUGAGAAUAAGAAAUCUUGUCGUAGCCACAAAUUCUGA